AUGUUCCGUUCGAAAAAGGUCAACAUCAACAGCUACCAGAACAAGAAUCCUGAUCCGCCUGUCUCCGUCUAUCAGGCACUCGAGAGCGGCGAUGCUCCAUAUGCGCUGACAGAGGAUGCAUUGCGCUCCGUGAUGUUCAUACCGGCCGAGUUCAAUCAUGGAAAAGAUGGGAAGACGCCAGUGAUUCUGGUGCCUGGCACGGGGUCAUACGGUGGUGAAGCAUACGAACACAACUUUGCUAAGCUCCUCCGUGGGACUUCUUUCGCAGACCCUGUCUGGCUGAACAUCCCAGGACGCAUGUGCGACGAAGCGCCCAAGAAUGCAGAACACGUAGCAUACGCCAUCAAUUACCUCGCAACGUUAUGCAGCACCAAAGUCGCAGUCGUCGCCUGGUCUCAAGGUAAUUUGUCGACACAGUGGGCAUUGAAAUACUGGCCCAGCACUCGCACCCGGGUCAGCAAUUUCAUCUGCCUGUCAGCGGACUUUCGGGGGACAGUACAAGCAUGGGGCCUUGCACCGUGUCCAUAUACCGUGCCAGGCACGCCAGCCGUGUGGAAUCAGACACGCAACUCCAAGUUCAUCGCGACAUUACGCUCCAAUGGCGGUGACUCGGCCUAUGUGCCGACGACGUCGAUAUACUCUUCGACAGACGAAGUCGUGCAGCCGCAAUUUGGGCCGUUUGCAUCAGCCUUCAUGAGGGACGAGAGAAACGUUGGUGUUACGAAUUGUGAAAUCCAGCACGCGGCCGUCAGGUUCAUGAAGCCUGGCCAGUUGGCGUAUUCUCAUGAAGGGGUCAUGCAUAGCUCGUUGGCAUGGGCAUUGGCCGAAGACGCCCUGAGGAACGGUGGACCAGGACGAUUGGAUCGCAUCGAUAUGGCCGGGGUGUGUAAAAGUAGGAUAGCGCCUGGCCUGAGUAUCUUGGAUGCAACACAGACGCAGGCCCUGAGCGCGUGGUGCUUGAAGAGUAUCUUACUCUUCACCCCCAAGCCGUGGCACGAGCCGGCUCUACCUCUGUAUGUGGCCUCAGAGGAGGUUGACUAUGUUCCCGAAGACGAUGUCCAGCCAGUGAAACAAGAAGUGCAAAUAGCAGAGACCGAAGUUGUGGCGUCACCAGUCACGGCGUAG